AUGAGACAACUAGUGUUGCUGCUGAUGCUGCGCGAGAGAAGCUUCCAUCUCAGAAUGCAAGACAGGAAAGAAAGCAAAAAAACUCAGUGCUUUAACCCAUUGAUGUUGGUUCAAUUUAGAUUACGUUUUGUGCAUGUUGGGGAAAUCUGGGAAAAACCAACAGACAAGAACAGUGAAGAGAAAUUGUGUUUUGAUGUAUGCAAAAAAUCUUUUUAUGCGAACGGCUGCGGAAUUCGCAAAAUAAAUAAAGAGCCUGAAAAAUAUCGAAAGAAAAAGGAAAAUGAAAAAACGUUCGAGAAUGAUUUUGUAGCAGAAAGCACCACAAAUAAAACAAAAUUGCAAGUCUACAAUAUAAAGUGA